GAUUUCAACCAUUUAAUAAAACAAAUAAAGUAUUGGAAAAUCUCACCAAUUCUUUUGAUACUAUAAAUUUAAAAUAUGAUAAAAAAUAUGAUAGUAUAGAAUGUAAUAAUGAAGAUGAAGAAUAUAAUAAUGAAAAAGGUAAUAAUGAAGAUAAAGAAUAUGAUAGUGAAGAAGGUAAUAAUAAAGAUAAAGAAUAUAAUAAUAAUGAAGAAUGUAAUAAUGAGGAUGAAAAAUUUGAUAGUGAAGAUAAAGAAUAUAAUAAUGAGUUUAUAAAAAUUGAUUUUGAAGAGGAAACAAAUUUUUUAUAUCCUUCACAAGAAAUUACAAAUAUUUUUUCUAAUGAUGUUGCUGAAGAAUAUGCAAAAUUAAUUAUAAAACAUAAUUUAAGUCAAAAAGCUGCUAAUAAUAUUUGCCAGUUUUUUAAUAAAUUUUCAUUAUAA